AUGGCAGGGUCUGCAGGCGCAAGCGUAGCCAGACCCGCUGGUGAUAGGAUCCUCGUGGAAUGGCUAGACCCCGUGAUAGUUAAAGUGACAAUUAAUCGACCCGAGGCGCUGAAUUCGCUGACGCGGCCCAUGAUGCGCGAGCUCGCUCAGGCGUUUAAGAGGAUUCGCCUGGAAGGGAAGGCGAGAGCUGUCAUUCUCACCGGCGCUGGCCGCGCGUUCUGCGCUGGAGUGGACCUGACAGCAGCGCAGAGCGUGUUUCAGGGGGAUGUGGCGGACGAAGAGGCAGACGUGGUGGUGCAGAUGGAACGAUGCCCCAUGCCCAUCAUAGGAGCAAUCAACGGCCAUGCCAUCACUGCGGGGUUUGAGAUCGCUCUGGCAUGCGACAUUCUUAUCGGCAGCACGCACGCGAAAUUCGCGGACACGCACAGCAAGUUCGGCAUUUUCCCAUCUUGGGGUCUUUCGCAGAAGCUUCCACGCCUCAUCGGGGUGAACAGGGCGCGGGAGGUCUCGCUAACAGCUGAGCCAGUCAGCGCAGACAAGGCGGAGCGGUGGGGUCUGUUGUCCCUAGUGGUUGAGGCGGAUCAGCUCAUGCCGACAGCAAUCGCCAUUGCCAAGACCGUAGCUGCCAACCAUCCUGGCAUGGUGCUUCGUUACAAGGCGGUGAUCAAUGACGGGAUUGGUCUGAGUCUCAGCGAUGGGAGGCGGCUAGAGACGGAAAGAGCACGGGCAUACUACAAGCAGAUGACACCUCAAGACUUUGAUAACAUGAAAGUGUUUAUAGCCUCCAGGUCAGGGAAGUCAAAGCUCUGA